CAGCGGGAGCGCGCUUUCCGCGUCUGGUUAGUGGACUGACAGCCAGCUGUGCGGCUACAACGACAACAACAACCUCCUGGAUUUACAACUAGAUUAGUGUUGUCCCCGCCACAGAUCACAAUCGCACCCUGUAGCUAGUUUCCCAAGUGAACACUCGACGGCUCCGAGCGGCGGUUUUUUCUGCGCUAACUAGCUAGAAGAGCAUUCCUCCAACAUGAAUCCGAUGUGUGGCAGAUGUAAUCUAGUCGUUUACCCCACGGAAAAAGUGAAUUGUCUGGACAAGUAUUGGCAUAAAGGAUGCUUCAGCUGCGAGGUCUGCAAAAUGACUCUAAACAUGAAGAAUUACAAAGGCUUCGAGAAGAGACCAUACUGCAAUGCACACUACCCCAAGACAAACUUCACCGCUGUGGCUGACACUCCAGAGAACCUCCGCCUCAAACAGCAGAGCAAGAUACAGAGCACGGUUCUCUACAAGGAGGAUUUUGAGAAGAACAAAGGGAGAGGUUUCAGCGUGGUCACAGACACGCCAGAGAUGCAAAGACUUAAGAAAACGCAGGACCAAAUCAGCAAUAUUAAGUACCAUGAGGUGUUUGAGAAGACUAAGAUGGGAGGAGAGGUCCCACAUCAUCAGCCAAGCAACCCCAGUCCAGCAGCUUACCAGGUGUCUGCAGCCUCUCAGAACUUCCACUAUGACCCUGCUCCUGAACCAGUGCGUCAAGCAGCUGCUGCCCCUCCUCCCAGUGCCGGGAAGCGGUACAGGGCUGUGUACGACUACUCUGCCGCCGAUGAGGACGAGGUGUCCUUUGUAGACGGAGAUGUCAUCGUAGACGUGCAGCAGAUCGAUGAAGGCUGGAUGUACGGCCGCGUGGAGCGCACCGGCCAGCAGGGGAUGCUGCCCGCCAACUACGUGGAGGCUGUCUGAGCGAGAGGGAGAGAAAAAAGAGGGAGAGAAAAAGGAGGAGAUAGAAAAAAGGGAGGGAAAGGAGGAAAGUAAAAGCCCAGUGCCAUCUCAUCUUAACGCCGCUUUCUCUUAAUUUUUCUCUUGUUCCCUAAUCUGUCCUGUGAGACCCUGAACUCCUUCCCUGCUGCAUCCUGCUCUGCUCCCACCAACAGACACCCUCAAGUCUGUCUGUCUGUCUGUCUGUCUGUCUGUCUGUCUGUCUGUCUGUCUGUCUGUUCUCGUCUGUCUGUCUGCCUGCUUUUCUGUCCGUCUGUCUGUGCUGAUGUUUGGUUGUCCGUCAUCCUCUUCGUCUUCUCCUCCCCACGUCCUGGUUCCGCUCGAGUGGAAAGUCUUAAAAGAUAAAGUUCAUCGCAGUAUGUCAGGGGUCAUGCCGUCACACAGUUCCAUCCUAGCUGCAGCACUUAACAAUCCUGACACAACAUCAUGCAAAUAUAAAGAAACUUGUUUAAAAAAAAAAAAAAAAAAAAAAAAAAGCUAACUUAAAAAAAAAACAUCCCCAUAAGUCAGUGAACACAGCAGGUGUUAUUCUUUGGAGAGUUUGGAGUUUCUGUUUCUUUAGUUUUGCAGCCUGACUGGAAACACAGUGUAGAAAUCUCAGUCUUAUCAGAAGUAAGCUUGAAUCUUUUUUGACUUGUGUACAUUCCUUUAACCUCUAACUCUGUUUGCUGUUGCAUCAAUCAGCCAGUUGUCAGUCUUAACAGAGAGGUUUUUAAUAUAUUUAUAGAUGGACACACAUCUCGCCCUCGUGUUCAGCACUGCGUUGUGUGGUUGUUGUUGUUGUGAAAACUGGAACCGUAGCCUAACUGAAGAGCACCUCCUGCCGUUUGGACGCAGGAGGGAUCAGGGACAAGUUAGGGGACAUCAUUAGUCGAAUCUCAUGCAGCCACGCUGAAUUCACCGCCUCAAGUUAGUGUGGACUUGCAGCACCCUUAUUUGUGUUUUUUGCAGCCUGAAUGCCUUCAGCCAUGAGCGAAUCACAAAGAAAUGGUGAUCAAGGUUAAGGUAUUUGGAAGAAAAAUGAAAAGAAAACAAACAUGAUACAAAAUCACCAUCAAAGAAACCACAUUUAUACAAGAGAAGGCCAAGCACAACUCUAUAUCGUGAAUCUUUUUAUUUUAAAAUGUAUUCCACUGUUUUUGAGUGAACAUUCCAGUCUUUUUUUUUUUUUCCAUUUAAUGUGAGAGAAAUAGUCGCAUCCUUGGCUAUGGUAAAUGUUUUUCUCAUGCUGUUCUCCCUUUUGCUUUCCUCGUUUGUUUUCAAAAAGAAAAAUGUCCGCGUAUUGAAUAAAACAGACCAGCAACUCCAAUUUGUGAAACCGAGAAAACGGAAUUAACGUAGAAUCGUGCGGUCACGGUAUUAGAUGAGUCAGGAAACAGAGCUAGCUGCUUGUCGUUGAAGCCUGUUUCUAAUCUCUCUAGUGCUGUUUGUUAUUAUUCUGCAGCUUCUAGGGAAGAGUGAUGUUACAGAAUAGCAUUUCAAACCCAUAUAGAGACUUUUAUCAUAUGAAAACAACCAUAAAAGCAUCUUUUGGUCCAUGUGGAAGGUGAAUCCCAACCGAACUUUCACUUGUACAUUAACAUAUAAGCCACAGCUAAUUAGCAUUAGCAAAAUUAGCUGGUGCUGUUGGUUCAUGACCAGAAAUUUAAGCAUUUAUGUCGGUGGUUUUUAAACAGAAAUGCCGCAUUUUUUCGUCUAGUAUUUCUGCGAGGAUCUUUAAAAAAUGAUAUCAGCCCGUGACCACAUCUUCCCUGUUUCUUGCUGUUUUAUUCUCUUGUGAUGCACUGUGACCGUCACAGACAUGAGCGAUCGGGGUGUUUGUAGGUGGGGCGAGCGGGCACCAAAAAUAUUAAUUCAGCUUUAUCAAAUGAAGCAAGGCUCUCACUAUGUAGCUAGAUGACAUUGUACAAUUGUAUAUGUAUCAUACAGUAAAGGUAAGUUAGGGAAAAAUGUUUUUACAGGUCAUGGUGCUCUGGGAAGUGGCUUGCCUGCAGAUAAAAGUGGGUCUUUUUCCAUUUUUUUUUCUGUGAAUGUGGGGAAGUACUGUGAUUUUAAAAAGAAAAGUCUGGUGCAAGUUGGUGUUCAUGAAGCUUUCUAAUGUGACGAAUCGUGACAAAAUCAGAUUAACAUCCAAACACAACAGAUGAAUGAGUGAAUGAACACUUGUACAAUAUGUUUGCCUGCAUUUUGCAUUGCUCAACAAUGCGACGAGUUAAUUUGCAAAACAGAUGCUUAGAUCGGUUGUGUGUUUCUCCUGGGUAAACUGAAGAGUUAUUGUUGUUCCUGGCUUCGGAUUUAAUUUAAAAGCUGCCGGUAGUUCUCUGCAAUCCAAACUCUCUUUUAUCUCAAGGUUUUUUGAUGAAAUCGGGGGAAAAAAUGUUGUUUAAGUGUGGCUCAGGAUGGAUUUGUUAAGGCGAAGUCAAAUGUGCUGAUGUAAGUGUGCGAGGUUGUGGGCGAUGAAAGGGCGACCCGACGCUCUUAAAUCUCUCCGAGCCCCGUGAGGCAGGACAAGUUGUUUGUCUGACCUGGAUAUUAGUCAGGAGUUAACCUCCCAGUACCGCUCCUCUGCUCUGGCAUCACUACUGAACGUCAUAUCACAACCCUGCUUCCAUUCAGUUUUUCUGCCCACCUUCCUGCUGCAGUUCCCCUCUUUUUUCCCCCUUCAGCCUUUUCAUCGUGCUUCUGAUGAAUCAUUCCCUGCUUCUAUGAUACUGGUUAUAUACUGUAGACUUGGCAGAGUGAAAAUCGUAUAAUCCACAGUUGCAGGUUUAGCAUUCAGACCAGUUUUGUGCAUUCCAUCUUAAAUCUUUUUUUUGUUUGUUUUUGAUAUAAUUUUGUUAUUUUUUAAAUAAAAAAAUAAAGAAUAUCAUAUGCAUAUUGACAUACACACGUGUAUUCAGAAUUCAGAAUACAUCCUCAGAUUAAGGACCUGAUAUCAUCUCCUGUUGCCCUGUUACAGCACUUCAAAUUGUACUUAUGAUUCUGCAGAUUCAAUAAAAUGUCAUUUUUUUCUCAGA